CAGCGGCCCCGGGGAGGGGUGGGGGACAUAGCGGCGGCGGCAGCCCCAGCCCUCCGAGAGACCGCGGGAAGGGAGGGCGGGCGGGAGGGUGCCGGGGGGACGGCCCCCCGCCGUUCCGACCGCUGUGGGCCUAGCCUCCCGCUCCCACCUCCCUUCCAUCGGCCGGGGCUAGGAUACCCCCAAAUCCUGUCGCCCCCUUGGCACCGACACCCCGACAGAGACAGAGACACAGCCUGCCGCCACCGCCGCUGCCGCAGCCUGGCUGGGGAGGGGGCCGGCCCCCCAGGCCCCCCACCCCUCUGAGGUGGCCAGGAUGGAGCUGUGGCCGGGGGCAUGGACGGUGCUGCUGCUGCUGCUGCUGCUCUUGCUGCCCACCCUGUGGUUCUGCGCCCCCAGUGCCAAGUACUUCUUCAAGAUGGCCUUUUACAACGGCUGGAUCCUCUUCCUGGCCGUGCUCGCCAUCCCUGUGUGCGCCGUGCGAGGACGCAACGUUGAGAACAUGAAGAUCUUGCGUCUAAUGCUGCUCCACGUCAAAUACCUGUAUGGGAUCCGAGUAGAGGUGCGAGGGACUCAACACUUCCCUCCCUCGCAGCCCUAUGUCGUGGUCUCCAACCACCAGAGCUCCCUCGACCUGCUUGGGAUGAUGGAGGUCCUGCCAGGCCGCUGCGUGCCCAUUGCCAAGCGCGAGCUGCUGUGGGCGGGCUCCGCCGGGCUGGCCUGCUGGCUGGCCGGAGUCAUCUUCAUCGACCGGAAGCGCACAGGGGACGCCAUCAGUGUCAUGUCCGAGGUUGCCCAGACCCUGCUUACCCAGGACGUGAGAGUGUGGGUUUUUCCUGAAGGGACGAGAAACCACAACGGCUCCAUGCUGCCCUUCAAACGCGGCGCCUUCCACCUCGCAGUACAGGCCCAGGUUCCCAUCGUGCCCAUCGUCAUGUCCUCCUACCGCGACUUCUACUGCAAGAAAGAGCGCCGCUUCACCUCAGGGCGGUGUCAGGUGCGGGUGCUGCCCCCAGUGCCCACAGAAGGGCUGGCACCGGAUGACGUCCCCGCUCUGGCUGACAGAGUCCGGCACUCCAUGCUCACCGUCUUCCGGGAAAUCUCCACCGAUGGCCGGGGAGGUGGCGACUGUCUGAAGAAGCCCGGGGGGUUGGGCGAGGCCCAGCUCUGAGCUCCCCAUCUGUCCCCCUCUUCCUCCUCACACCCACCGACCCGGUGGCCCUGGGGAGGUCACCCCUCCUCCACUCAUGCUCCCCCUCCUCUUUCAAUCUUCAACGUCGGAGUGAACGUGGACACCGUAGUCCUCCCCGCCCCCGCCCCCGCCCCAGGGACUCUCCUGCCUUGCUCAGUGUCCGCUGAGCCCCCCCUCCUGCCAUCUUGUCUGUGACGUUGCCUCCCCCUCACUUGAGUGGCCCUUCCGACACGAGAGUGGGGGCCGUUCCAUCUCUUCCCAUCCCCGGUGGACUCUCCCUUUGCGUUCUCUCCCUCUCCGCUCCACGUUGGCCAGUGGACUCGUUCUGUGGAACAAUCCACCCCUUUCCCCCAAGUCCACGGAUUCAGUAGACUCAUCCACUUGGGAGGAGGACGUCUCGCCCUGUGGCUGGAAGCUGAUACCAGGAGCGCAGCGCCCAGGCUCCUCCUGGGAACCUGCCUCAGCACCUUCACACUCCCUGCCGGUGGGGUGGACUCUUCUAACUCAGAGGUCUCAUCCCUGCCCUUGCCCAGACGCCCAGGGUCGAGCACACUCCUGGCUGCCAGUUCGGUCUCCAAGUUCCUGCUUCCUCGGUCCCGUGGUACAAUUCUUCAGCGGUCCGGACCCACCCAGCCCCCGGCACCAUCCUAACCAGACCGUGGGGGAGGAGGCAGACCUUAGGUGCUGUGCUCACUGCUCCCUGGGGAGUUGGGGAAGGAACUGGACCUGGCUGGAGGGGAGAGGAGGGCAUUUAAUUUAUUUCUCUUUGUUUUGAGGCUUUCCCGCUCCGAGCUGGUUUUCAUUUCCCAGAAGUGGCAUUGGCCGCUCCCUGCCUCCCACUCCAGACCUGUUCCCACCACUGGGGAGGUGGGCUGGGAGCAAGAGGGUGGGACCCAGUUUUGUGUGGUUGGUUUUUAUUAAUUAUCUGGAUAACAGCAAGCAAGUGAGAAUAAAGAGAGCGAAAUGUG